CCGCACUUUUACACAUUGUUGCUGUAGCCUGUGAGUGCAACUUUAUUGUUAAGGUUUCCACAAAGGCCCAAUUGACCAUUUCCUUCCCUCUUUUCUGCUGUAGGUUGUGAGGUCACUUUCGUGCAUGUAACCCACAUUUACUUGUAUCUCCACUACGGCUCUGCGUGUACUUGCUCUCCUCUCACUGUCAUAUACCCCACCUCCCCAUCAUACAUUCAUUUCCAUCCUUUUGGGGGUGUGAAAUUUGUCUUUAGGGGUGUUUCUCAUGGAAUCCUUACCAUUCCUCUAAUGCUCUUUAGACAUUUAUUUACCUGUACCAUUUAAUUUGGCCUUGCACAGUCACGAGCAUCAGAGGCACGACCCAGAUGUUUGUUUUUCCCUCUCCUUUUAUUAAAUUGAUCAUUAAUAAAAGGAAUCCAUUUUGUCAAAAUUGGUCUGUAACUGCAUUUAUAGGUCUUUCAAGUCCUAAUUUGUCUCCUCUGCCAUUCAUGCUACAUUUCUCUGGAGGCCUAACUCUGCUUGCAUUAGUUUGUCUCCUCUGCCAUUCAUAGCCCACAUUUCCCUCAAGUCCUAACUCUGCUUGCAUUAGUUUGUCUCCUCUGCCAUUCUUAGCCCACAUUUUCAUUCAUUGCUAAAACAUGUCUUCUUCAGUCGUGGUUUGGCUCUUGGGCAUCAUCAAGGCAACUUUUUUUUGACUGUUUUCCGUGACCAUAUCUCCUCCUGAGCACAAUUCCUCUUCUACCAGUUGUUUUGCAGAAGCCACAAUGCGCGCCUCUGACAGGACCCCACUUACACAAUGCAAAGCCAGGGCGCUUGCUUCUAGGAAUUGAAGGAGGAGGACCCACAUCCACAGAAUUCUCUUUUAUCUGCUUCUACCUCAUCUACAUCGCGGCCAUCGUCGUUUCUGCUCCAUCGCUUCAUCAUCUUUGCCGUCUAGUCAACUUACUAUCGAGCUAAAGGGCAUUUAUGAGGACAUACCGGCAGAUGAGCAAGUGGGAUUUUCUUGAUCCUGUGGCAAUUGCGAUUUCCACGCGUGGAGUUGUGUCUGAAAGAGCCAGUAGUUGAAACCCACAUCUAAAUUUCUGAAGUUGAGAUAGAAUAACCUGCUCAGGAUUUUGAGGAAUAACUAGGAGAAUAACUGUCCCAUAUGUUUGGAAAUUAUAUUUUCACUACUGGAACAGUGGGUUAAGCUGGGUUUUGUUGUUGAAUUGAUUGAGUGGUUGCAGAAAUGGAUUCAUACCGUCCUGAGUUGUCUUCAACGAGAUAGGAUGAAACCCCAUUUCAAAGUAACUGAAAAAAAGUUGAUAACCUGCUCAGUCAGAGGGUAAGUGAAAAGGAAAAAUAUGUUAUUGUUUUGCUCAGGGAAAAACCAUGUUCGCAUUAUAACUGUAAUUACGAAGGGUGCAAGAGCUGGUGCUUUAUUUAUCAGACACUUUUGUCGAAUAGAAGAGUAGCUAAGAACCAGAAUGUAAAAAGUCAGCAGGAGCAUCGUAGAGUCAAUAUAAAAAAUACUCAGGACAAGAUGAGUUGCCAAGUAAUUUUCCCGUUGACCCUGUACAGUUUAAGGAUGGAACUCCGUACCAUGCUGCCGGUCAAUCAAACACAGGUCUAUGCAAUCCGACGGUGGGGGCAAACGAGUGUGUUAAACUGAUAAAGAGGUCAAUAUCAGCGCUUGCAGUAGUGCGUUUUCACUGCUACAUUCACUGUGUAGGUAGUAACAGCAGUUACAGAGUUGGUUUUUAUUGUUAUGCGAGUGGCUAUUAAAGUUUAGUUGAUGAGUGCUCUCAGUUUUGUAGUGUCUGCGAAGAUAUCUCAGCGCCUCAUACAAGCAUGCCGGCUCUGGUUGCCUCACACUGCACCAGAACUCAAGAUGCUGACACAAAGCUGUGGAUUGCUUGGUGGAUCUAUGAGUGAUAGCAUUCAUCAUACCACAGGUUUUAGUAGACUGUUCGUUAAGUGGUCCGACAAAUUCACGGGCACAAGCUCUAUGGAACAACAACCUCAUAGGCAGACCUUAAAGCCCUCAAAGCUUGGUGGAACAUGGCGCACGAAGCUGUUGAUUUUGUGGGUUUUGUGCGGAGUAAUAGGCUCUAUUUGGCUUUUUCUUUCCAUGAAGACUGACAUAAAUGAACGCAGGAAGGAAAUUUUAGCAAGCAUGUGUGAUGAGCGUGCAAGGAUGCUUCAAGACCAGUUUGAAGUGAGUAUGAAUCAUGUGCAUGCCUUGGCGAUACUUAUUUCCACUUUCCAUCAUCGGAAGCAGCCCUCUGCAAUGAAUCAGAAAACAUUUGCAGAAUAUGCUGCAAGGACUUCAUUUGAGAGGCCCUUGGUGAGUGGUGUUUCGUAUGCUCAAAGAGUUCUUCAUGCAGAGAGGGAACAAUUUGAAAGGGAGCAAGGUUGGAGCAUAAAGAAUAUGGAAACCAAUGAAACAUCAUCUGAACAAGAUGAAUACGCACCUGUUAUCUUUUCACAGGAUACUGUUUCAUAUAUUGCAUCUCUUGAUAUGAUGUCUGGGAAGGAAGACCGUGAAAACAUUUUGCGUGCCAGAGCAAGUGGAAGGGCAGUCCUUACCAGUCCAUUUAGAUUAUUGAACUCCACGCACCUUGGGGUUGUUCUCACCUUUGCUGUAUACAAGAUUGAUCUUCCUUCUGAUUCUACCCCAGAAGAGCGCAUUCAAGCAACUGCAGGGUACUUGGGUGGAGCCUUUGAUGUUGAGUCAUUGGUGAAGAACUUACUGCGUCAACUUGCUGGCAAUCAGGCUAUUACUGUCAAUGUGUACGAUAUGACCAACAGUUCAGAGCCAUUGAGGAUGUAUGGUCCUGAUGUUACAGAUGAUGAAAUUUCACAUAUCAGUCUUCUUGAUUUUGGAGACCCAGUCCGCAAGCAUGAAAUGCGUUGCAGAUAUAACCAGAGGCAGCCCCCCCCAUGGUCUGCAAUAACAACUUCAGCUGGAAUACUAGUUAUUGUGCUCUUAGUUGGGCAUAUAUUUCAUGCAGCUAUAAUCCGCAUUGCUAAAGUAGAGGAUGACUUCCGUAAAAUGGAGGAACUGAAAGGGCAGGCAGAAGCAGCAGAUAUUGCCAAGUCUCAGUUUCUUGCUACUGUUUCCCAUGAGAUAAGAACUCCCAUGAAUGGGGUUCUGGGAAUGUUGCAGAUGCUAAUGGAUACAGAACUAGACCCAACCCAGCUGGAUUAUGCAUGCACUGCUCAAGCCAGUGGAAAAGCCCUGAUAAAAUUAAUUAAUGAAGUUCUUGAUCAGGCCAAGAUUGAGUCAGGAAAGAUUGAGCUGGAGGCAGUUCCCUUUGAUUUACGUGAUAUUUUAGAUGACGUUCUUUCUCUGUUUUCUGGGAAGUCGAGAGAAAACAAUGUAGAGCUUGCAGUCUUUGUUUCUGAUCAGGUGCCAGACUUUCUUAUUGGGGACCCUGGGCGUUUUCGGCAAAUCAUCAUCAAUCUUGUUGGAAAUUCAAUUAAAUUCACAAAACAAGGGCACAUUUUUCUUUGUGUUUAUCUUGCGGAGCAAAUGAAAACUGUGAUGGAAAAUAAUAGGGAGACAUUGUCAAAGUGGCAAACUGAAGGGUUAAAAAACUGCUCCAGUUCAUGGAAAACAUUGAGUGGGUAUGAGACAGCAGAUGGAAGGAAUAGUUGGGAGACCUUCAAAUUAGUUGUUUCUAAUGCAAAGCAUUUGCAAUCUGGCACAUCAGAAAAUUGUGUAAGUGAUACAUCUGCUACUGUACGCUUAAUAGUCAGUGUAGAGGAUACAGGUAUUGGAAUCCCUUUAGAUAAACAGAAGCAUGUCUUUGUGCCUUUCAUGCAAGUUGAUAGCUCAACUUCUCGCAAAUAUGGGGGAACUGGCAUAGGUCUUAGCAUAAGUAGAUGCCUGGUGGAGCUCAUGAGUGGGGAGUUAAACUUUGUGAGUCGGCCAGGUGUUGGUAGCACGUUUACAUUCAGUAUUGUCUUGAGAAAGGCUCAGACACGAUCCCAGGAAGAUUUGAAUCCAUCUCUGCCAACUUGUCUCAAAGGAAGGAGGGCUAUUGUGGUGGACGGAAGAGCUGUUCGUGCUGCUGUUACAAAGUCCCAUUUACAAAGACUUGGGGUGCAGGUUGAAACUGUUCAUGAUUUUAAUUCAACAUUGGCAGCAUUGUUAGGAGAAAGGAAUGAUGAUAUUGGAAAUAGCAGCGGAGCAGUAAAUGCGGAUGUGAUCAUUGUUGAUGAUGAAGCUUGGGGCCCAGGAACAGGACUUGCUUUCCCCCAAAUUUUGAGAGAGUCGAUGGGAAAAGGCAAAUUGGGAACUCCUAAAUACUUACCGAAGAUGAUUCUUUUAGCAACCUCAAUCAACAAUUCCGAGUCUGAAAAGGCUAAGGCAGCUGGAUUUCUGGAAACAGUGAUUGUGAAGCCUCUCAGAGCAAGUGCAGUGGCUGCCUAUCUUCAGCAAGCAUUGGGAAUUGGAAAUGGAAAACAGCCAGGAAAGAGGAUCACAAAUGGACCUAUAUCCCCUCGUAGUCUUCUGUUGGGAAAGAAGAUUCUGGUUGUAGAUGAUAAUAAAGUAAAUCUUAGAGUUGCUGCUGGUGCUCUGGAGAAAUAUGGAGCUAGUGUGGAGUGUGCCGAGGGUGGGAAAAUUGCAGUAGCAAAGUUACAGCCACCACACUCGUUUGAUGCUUGUUUUAUGGAUGUCCAGAUGCCUGAAAUAGAUGGGUUUGAAGCUACUAGACAAGUCCGGAAUUUAGAAACACUCAGAAAUAACAAGGAAUGGCAUGUUCCAAUACUUGCAAUGACAGCUGAUGUAAUCCAUGCAACUUAUGAAGAGUGCUUAAGGUGUGGAAUGGAUGGGUAUGUGUCUAAACCCUUCGAAGAGGAACAACUGUACAGAGCAGUUGCCCCAUUUCUGGAGUCCCAGAAAAAACGAUUGUAAAUUUACUGUGGACCUCAAUUGCACUGUAAAAUUUUUGGAGUCUGAUAUAAAGUUUAUAUCCCCAGUUAAGGCAUAUAGGAAGUCCCUAUUCAAUUCUAACUCCAAACUCCACAUAAACCAAUGGGGUCGUAAGCAAUUGGACUAGGGGCAGACGGUUUCCUAGUUUCUCAUUUGUUCAACCAGUUUAGGGAAAGGAUAUUCUUUCAUUCAAUCUACAUGACUGUAACCUAGACAGUUGGACUAUUAUAUACAAUUGAGCUCUUCAAGUUU